GAUGAGCGAUGCGUGCCGCGCGCCAGUGUUUCCGGUCAAUAUAAUUCCACGAAGAUGAAUUCUGUUAAAUCAUUGGUUAAAUACCUGUCGCGUGGAGACAUGCUAUAUUAGUACAUACUACAUACACUCAACGAACAUUCAGGUCGUAUUCAUAUAUUUAAACAGCAAAACGUGUAGCGUGUCAAAAAUGUGUUCAAGUUCGCAACAAGGAAAUGCUAAACUAGCCCUUGGACUGUCGAAGUUGUACGAACGAGAGUUUAAUCAACCGGAUCUGCAUGACAAAGUUUUAGUGUUUGAUGUUGUCGCUUCAAAUAAGCACGAUUUGAGCAAAGAAAAUGUCAGAGAGAAUAAGAGUAAUAUGAACGAAAUAAUUGAGAACGAAGAAGGUGAGAAUCAAUGGGAACGUGCAAGCAGAAACGGGAAAGUUAACAAUGAGGGAAUCAAUACUGACGAUGAAAAUGAAACCAAAGUAUAUAAUUGCGAGAUGUCUUCAAAAUAUGCAAAUGGUGGUCAACGAGUUGAAAAACGAUUGAACAAUUUGGGUGAAGAUGAACAUGUUGGAACGGAGACUAACGCCAUUAAAGAUACCUUAAUUGAUGAAGACAAAAUGAAAUGCGUCGAAGUUAAUGAAGCCGAAGAGACAGCAGCCGCUAGCAAACAUGAAAUUACAGUAAAUGAAAAUGUGAGAGUAAGUCCACAUGCAAACAAUAGAAACAAAUUGAAGGAUCAGCCAGAAUCUGAAAUUUCAAAUGAUGACAAUGAUCCAAAUCUCCAUCUGAGUGACGGAGAAACAAGUGAAAAGCUUUUGAAUCACAUUGAAAAUGCCAUCACAUAUGCGGAUGAUCUUGUAAUCACCCUGCAGUCUUUUCUUGAGAAAGAAUUUAGCCCUUUAGAUGAAACAUGGCCGACAAAGAGUUUUGAAGAUCUGAGCGAGACUUUAUUAAGGUAUCUUCUGAACAGUGACAAACUCGUCGUGAUCAGUGAGAACACGGUUUUUCAUGCAUUAAUGCACUGGAUUGAAAAACGUGGUAUUGAGAAACUCUCAGAAAGUCGUGAGCUUCCAUCACUAUUGUCUGUUGUCCGGAACAACACGACAACGGUCGUUGCCUCAACCAGUGACAAGAAGAGAAAAUUCAUGGUCCUCUAUAGUCUACACAUGGAAUAUACCGGGGGAUCAGUUGGAUUUGUUGGUGGGAAACAACAAAUCAUUCAAAUCAGAUGA